GGCAGCAUCUCGCAGCAGCUGACCCGUGGCUACAGUGAGUGGAUUACUGGCAGUAGUUGAUCAGCCGCGGCACUUGAAGCAUCCAAACGAAUUUGGAUCGAGCGAACACGCCGCGUAGGAAGAGGAUCAUUCAAGACUUGAAGUUAUCACUUUCUCAAAAAAAGAUUCAACGAUCGAGAAUCUUACUCGGUGUUGCAGAUCGCUGACAUAUGCUGGACAUAUGUUUGGUAGUUCUGAUCGAUGAUCUCGGGGCAGUGCUGCUGAGUGCGGAAUUUAUUGCGUAGUUUAGUUGAAUGGUGUCAGUUCGGGUGAUGAUGUUUGCAAUAUGUGUUUCCUCUGAGGAAAUGGUCAACAUCUACGCGAUUUGCAUAAUGUUCUUCAAGCGCUAGUGAACGAGUACAAUACAAUUUAGUGUGAAGUCAAACAGACAGUGAAUAAAACUACGAAAAUAAAUCGACCUGAACUGCGUUCGGUGAACGGAAGGGCCAACGGUGGCAGAAUAAAAUGUUAGCUAAUUACUCAAUUUGAAUAAUUUCCCACCGUGGCAGACAAACUCGCUCAGAGUGCCGUGCAACAGGUUGUUCGUGAAAGCAAGCUUAAUCCGAUCAGUGUUCAAAGUUUGGCUCACCGAGAAUGCGCCAUUAAAUUGUAAUUUAUCACCAGACGACAGUGUGUUCAAAGUGAAACUAGUUUCAUGAUUGUUCAAUUAGUUUCCUGCUGUUAAGUACCAAUAGUCUCUACGAUGGAACGACUCAACCAAGUGCUGACGAAUCUACGAAGGAUUGCCCUGCCAACGGUAGCAAUUCUCAUCGCUCUAGGUGCUCCGCAAAGUUUCGCAUACCUAGAGGACCGGCCACCAGUCUAUUUGGAGGCGAAAGUUGGUGCCUACGUUAUUUUAAACUGCCCAGUGGAUUUCCCCAAAAAUGACCCCAUCCCGUACGUGCUCCACUGGAACAAGGAUAACAAACCAGUCUUCACCCUGUACGAUGGAAUUCUCAACACUUACGAAACCUACAUCGGUCGGGUAACGCUGUUAAAUGACGAUCUGGUAUACGGGAAGGCAUCGCUGAACCUGACUUCGAUACGGGAAAGCGACAAUGGGUGGUAUGAGUGCAAGGUCAUCUUUCCGAACAGGGUGCCGAAUAAGCGGAACAACGGAACCUGGUUCCACAUUUCGGUUUUGGGUGGUACGUUACUGAAGAUUCCACCGGUCAAUCAAACGAUUUUGGAAGGUGAUCCGGCCUUCUUUCACUGCCUGGCUCAGAAUCCAGAGACGAUGUUCGUCGAAUGGUACAAGGAUAACGUACCACUGCUGGAGAUGUUCGAUUUAAUACACAGAUCGACCUUUGGACCGGAUGGAAGCCUAACGAUCAAUCCAACUCAGAUGAGUGAUUUAGGAUACUACACAUGCGAAGUUCGGAAUCUGAUGAACGACACCCAGAAUGCGAGUGCUUUCCUGAAUGUUCAAUAUAAGGCAAAGGUCAUAUACGCACCUAAAGAAGUCUACCUGCCGUUUGGAGACCCGGCCGUUCUGGAUUGCCAUUUCCGAUCGAAUCCUCCGUUGACAAAUCUACGGUGGGAGAAGGAUGGUUUCCUAUUUGAUCCCUAUAAUGUCCAGGGCGUAUUCUACAAGCGAAACGGAAGCAUCUACUUUGAGAAAGUUGACGAUUCGCAUGCGGGACGCUAUUCUUGUACUCCGUAUAAUGAUCUCGGUACCGAUGGAGCAUCCCCAAUGAUCCACGUGAUUGUACAGAAGCCUCCUAGUUUCAUUCUGAAACCGAAGCUACUCUACGUGACUAAGAUGGGAGGAACAGUGGAAAUGCACUGCGAUGCGCGAGAUCGAGACGGAACACAUACACCGCAGAUCACUUGGGUUAAGAAAGACGGAAGCCUACUCCCUCACGGGAGAUAUCAGUUGAAUGGUGCAAAUCUAACCAUUGAAGAAAUCGUGGAGUCCGAUCGAGGAAUCUACGCAUGUCAGGCGACGAACGAAGCAGCGACCAUCUCGGCUGACGCGGAAAUCAUGAUCGAAAACGUGUCUCCUAGAGCUCCGUACAACUUGACAGGUAACAGUUCAGAUACGGCAAUCACUCUGCGCUGGGCUCCUGGCUAUAUUCGUCAAUAUCUGGAAUACAUCAUCUGGUAUCGACUGGCGGAAGCUCCCGAAUGGAGGACGUUCAAAGUGAACAACAAGCAUAUCCUGGAGGCUACCAUCACCAAUCUGCUACCAGCCAAGGAGUACGAGUUCAUGGUGCUCUGUCAGGAUAGUUACGGCGAUGGGAUGUUCAGUAAAGCUUUCAGAUACUUUACAAAGCCAAAGGAAUUUGAGCAACCGGAAACGUUCCAGGACACGCUGCUACAGUUCAACCAAAUUGGAUCGCCAAUCAACUUGACCAUCGACAAGCGGCACAGCAACUACGAGGCCCGUUGGAAGCCUCCGGAGUUGGGACUGGAUCAACUACGCUACUACAUCCUUCGCUGGUGGGUGGAACCGCAGCACAAACUGCACGGAAGUCGUACGACUCCCGAGACGAGCUAUAUUCUUGAGGAGCUGGACGAGGACGAACUGUACACGUUCCAGGUGUUUGCCAUGUCCACCACGAACUACACCAGCGGUAGCAACGAGGUUGAAAUCUACGUGCACCCGUAUCAGAAGGUUAAAGUGAUGACCAUCGGAGGGGUGGUGUUGCUGCUCAUCUGCCUGGCCGUGAUAAGUAUGCUGUUGUUCGUGAAACGAAAUCGGAUCAAAAAGCUCCGAGAGGCGGAGAAUGUGAAGAUUUAAUACACAGCGGCAGCACGGCAGACCAGCGAAAGGGUUGAUGUCGAUGCGAUUCCAUAUUAUCAUAAGAAUGCAUAGAGUAUUAUAGAUUAUCGUGCAAGCAAAACCAUUCGUUCAUAGGUUAGAAGAAGAAAGUGUCUGAUUUACAGGUUAAGUCGAUUUAAUGUAGUGUUCUGCUUAAUAAAGAGUUGCAAUAUUAGAUAACCGGAGGUCGUUGCAAAAGGUGCAUAUGAUGGAUUGCUUUCAUUUCAAAAU